GUCCGACACAUUCUAACAUCAUCCCAUUGUAGAACCCAAACUAAUGACCACAUCAAACCAUCGACUAAUCUGUAACCCUCUACCAACCUCCUGAGCCUUUUGCAAGUGUUUCGAGAUCAGCCUCGAGUAGCUGGCAGAGCUGUAUCUUCAACACCUUGCGCCUUUCGAUCGAACCCUUAGCAAAAAUGGCUGGCCCGAGGGGUUCGGCUCCUGCUCCGCUCGUGUGCCGUUUGUGUUCGAAUAAGUACUAGUUCAACCUCGACGGCGAGAUAGUCACCAUUCUCUGUGAGUUACCCCCCGCGGGGGAGCCGUAUAAAGCCAUAUCCUAUGUUUGGCAGACCGAAGGGGCCCUGCUGGCCUUGACCUACCAAUCAUGUAAGAAGACAAAGAAAGCUCCAAUUCGAAAUGCGUCAAGGCUUUAGAACUUGCUCGAAUGCGCCCGAGGCCUUCCAACCUAGCUCGAUUCCCUGUCUAUUGAUCAACACAGCAAAGAGGAUAAAUGCCUUCAACUUCCCGUCAUGGGAAAGAUAUACCAAUCUGCGACAUCUGUCUCAGUCCUGCUUCCCAACGAAGAUAGACGCGCUUAUACCGCAUUGGGACGGCUCGAGCAAGCGACAGCUCAGUUAAUGGCCCAAUAUGUGGAGUUGGACGUGGCAUCCGGUAAACAUGUCUCCGUAGGCGUCCUCGAUUCCGAAUGCCUGCCGAAGGUCGCCGAAUACGCCUACUUCUUUCAGCAAUGGCUUGACUCAGCGAACCUGUCGACUUACUGGCGGAGGGCGUGGACCUUCCAAGAAUGGAUCAUGGCCAAAGAAAUCGACGUGUUGUGGGAACGUCUUGAUACUACCAACCAGGGACCCAAAACCCUCCCUAGCAUUAAAACAUUGAUCCUUUCAGGAACUGGGAUUAUCUGGCAUUUCAAUUUGCUUCGUCAGUUUGAACACUAUGGGGAAAACCGUGGCUGGCACAGGAUUUUGCGCCGGCAAGUUUCCGACCUCUAGAAGAUAUGGCCAGAAGCCAUUUCCCAUUGGACAAUCUACCAGGUUACCUAGAGGAGUCUGGGAAAUUCCCUUCACUUCCA